AGCUCUAUUUCCCCUUGCUUCUUAUUGUUUUUUCCUCCAAUGGAAUCUCUUUCAAGUUCAGUGUUCAUCUCUAAUCUAUCCGAGACAUACCCUUUUCUCAACAGCCACUUGCUUCCUUCUUCUUCAUCGUCUUCUUGUUUGAUCAAAGCGCCAAACAGACGAAUUGAGACUCUGAAAUCCAACCCUGAAACCUCUCACUUUCAUUGUUUUCGUCUCAAGGCUUCAUCUCACGAUCUCCCCGAUGAAGGUGAGGACCGACCGCAGCCUCGGACUGUCAAUGUUGAGUUUAGCCUUGUUUCUGAAGACAGUCUCUCUGUAUCUCAGGGUGAUUCAGAUGACAAUCAACGCAGCGACAAGGGUGUUGAUAAAUUAACAAAGAUUGAAACAAAGUUUGAAAACACAGUUACUGCUCCACAUGCAAGUGGAGUCAAUGGGGGUACAAGAGCUGGACUUUUCAGAACACCAAUAUCUGGUGGAGUGCAGAGUGCAACUUCAGCACAUGGAUUACCCCGACCGGCCUUAGCAGUCCGCAAUCUGAUGGAACAAGCCAGAUUUGCUCAUAUAUGCACUGUAAUGUCUCGGAUGCACCACCGAAGAGGAGGGUAUCCCUUUGGCUCGCUGGUAGAUUUUGCUUCUGAUUCAGUGGGUCAUCCAGUAUUUUCAUUUUCACCAUUGGCUAUACAUACGCGGAAUUUAUUAGCAGACCCUAGAUGCACCCUUGUCGUGCAGAUACCUGGGUGGAGUGGCUUAUCAAAUGCAAGGGUAACAAUAUUUGGUGAUGUCUACCCUCUUCCAGAACAUCAACAGGAAUGGGCUCAUAAACAGUACGCUGCAAAACAUCAACAAGGGACAUCACAACAGUGGGGGAAUUUCUACUACUACAGGAUGCAGAACAUAAGUGACAUAUAUUUCAUUGGAGGAUUUGGCACCGUUGCAUGGGUAGAUGUAAAGGAAUAUGAGAUGCUUAAACCUGAUAAAAUCGCCGUUGAUGGAGGCGAACAAAACCUGAAGGAACUGAAUGCAACCUUUUCAAAGCCACUCAGGAAGCUGCUAUCAACAGAAGGCGAGGUUGAUGAUGCUGCUCUUAUAUCAAUAGACAGCAAAGGAAUCGACAUAAGGGUCCGUCAAGGUGCACAGUUCAACAUACAGAGGUUAUCAUUUGAAGAAGGACAAGUUGUUGAAACGUUGGAGGAAGCCAAAGCUGCUUUGUGGAAGGUAAUAAAGAAAGGGAAAGUGCAAAAUCUGAAGAAAUAGAAUAUGUUGCAUUCUUGGCCUUCUAUUGGAAGAAUCAACUGCGAUAUUAUAGAUAAGGUUUUUUUUCCAUUAAUACAUAAAAGCUUGUAAUUUCUAACAAUAACUGCUCCCCCAAAUUUGAGUUUCAACAUUUUCUUUUCUUAAAACAAAAGUUAGAUUGCGACUUAAGUCUUGAA